AUGCAGAGGGUGCAAUUUGAGGGAACGAAGGUCGAUCCCGAAGACCUCGAGCCAGGGCUAAAACCGAGUCAGACCAAUGCCAGCAUAUCGAAACCGACAAAGCGAAUGAGAUGGGCGACUCAGCGUAAAACUGGUCAAAGCGCAGUCAAGAAAAGACUGUCCAUCCUUAAUCGAACUGCCAAACUAUCUCCGUAUGAAGAAAAGCGUAGUGGUCAGAAAAACAAUGGCACAAUUGAGGAAGAGAGCCCGAUGGGCCAGGAACAGCCUGUUGAAGAAUCUCAGGGACGCACAAUAUGGUUCAAUACGCCACUUCCACAGGAUGCGAGGAACGAACAUGGCCUGCCCAAAGCACAAUACGCUCGAAACAAGAUCAGGACCGCAAAGUAUACGGCGCUGAGCUUUAUACCCAAGAACCUGUGGUUUCAAUUCCACAAUAUCGCUAAUAUAUAUUUCCUGUUUGUGAUCAUCCUUGGUAUUUUCAGCAUCUUUGGUGUGGACAACCCGGGUUUAUCUGCCGUACCGUUGAUUGUCAUUCUUGCUCUCACCGCAAUCAAGGACGCAAUAGAAGACUGGCGCCGCACAGUCUUGGACAACGAGCUCAAUAAUUCCCCAGUCUACCGACUAGUAGAAUGGAACAAUGUUAAUGCAUCCGCUGACAACAUCUCUCUCUGGCGUCGUAUCAAGAAGGCCAGUACGAGAAUAAUCGUAAGUACAUACAAGCACAUGAAGGGUUUGCUUGUCCACAAGAAGAAGACAAAGACGAGUGAAAAGGGCGUCGAUGGAGAAGAAUUGACUCGACAGGCCACGAACAUGACAAGACCCACGAUCAGAACCUCAAUCCAGUCACACCGCAGCUCUAUCCAGUCCAUUGGCACCGAUGACGAUGAUAUACCCAUGACCCCUGUCUCUCGAUCUGCUCAUAGUCCUCAAAUAAAUGGUCACUUAGCGCCCGACACUCCAGGAAGUCCUCGAUCUUUCGACACUGCCCCAGAAGAUCCCAAUCACUUGACCGUUGGAGCGGCAAACGCUACCUCAGCCUUACGCAACAAGCGAAGUUCAAAGCGUAAGAGUACACUGACUGUCCGUGAUUAUGGCAACAUUCUCGACAAGCAUAAAGAGACUGAAGGCAAGGCUGUCUUUAAGAGAGACUACUGGAAGAAUGUUCAAGUUGGCGAUUUCAUCAGGAUCUACAACGACGAUCAAAUACCCGCUGACGUCGUAGUCCUCUCCACGUCAGAUCCUGAUGGUGCUUGCUACAUUGAGACUAAGAACUUGGACGGGGAGACCAAUCUCAAGGUCCGAAGUGCUCUCCACGCCAGUCGACAAGUUCAACACGCUCGAGAUUGUGAAAAAGCCGAUUUUCUAAUUGAGAGUGAGGGCCCGCACCCUAACCUGUACUCGUAUAAUGGUGCGAUGCGGUGGUAUGAAAGAGAUGCUAAGAUUCCUGAUGGCCCAAAGCACGAACGGACAGAACCUAUUGGUAUCAAUAACUUGCUGCUUCGUGGUUGCAAUCUUCGAAAUACUGAAUGGGUACUGGGUGUCGUAAUCUUCACUGGCUCACAGACCAAGAUCAUGCUGAACGCUGGUAUCACUCCCAGCAAGCGUGCCAGACUGGCGAAAGAGCUUAAUCGCAACGUCAUCUACAACUUCGUUAUCCUCUUUAUCAUGUGUUUGGUUGCCGGCAUCGUUCAGGGUGUCAUAUGGAAUGUCAAUGGUGGCUACACGGCACAGUUCUUUGAGUAUGGCUCUUAUGGUGGCACCCCUCCAGUUGAUGGAAUCGUCACCUUCUGGUCGGCUGUGAUCCUGUUUCAAAACUUGGUACCUAUCUCACUGUACAUCUCCUUGGAGAUCAUCAGGUCUGCGCAAGCAUUCUUCAUCUACUCGGACAUGUUCAUGUACUACGAGCGACUGGAUUAUCCCUGCACUCCUAAAUCCUGGAAUAUUUCUGAUGACUUGGGUCAAAUCGAGUACAUUUUCUCCGACAAGACUGGAACGUUGACUCAAAACGUGAUGGAAUUCAAAAAGUGCACAAUAAAUGGUCGCCCAUAUGGUGAGGCUUACACUGAAGCCGAAAUGGGACUGCGCCGCAGACAGGGCGUCGAUGUUGAGAAGGAAGCCGCCGAAAUGGGUGCUCACAUUGCCGAAUCGAGGGUUGUGAUGCUCGAAGAGCUGCGUAAAAGGCACGACAAUCCCUACCUGCAGGAUGAAAACUUGACCUUUGUCUCUCCUGACUAUGUCUAUGACCUUGGCGGACGUGCAGGUGAGGAACAGAAGCGUGCAUGCGAACACUUCAUGAUAGCACUUGCAUUGUGCCAUACAGUCAUUACCGAAACCACGCCUGGCGAUCCUCCUAUCAUUGAGUUCAAGGCUCAGUCGCCCGAUGAAGCAGCUUUAGUUGCCACAGCUCGAGAUUGUGGGUUUGUUGUGCUCGGUCGCAACAACGACGACCUGAUGUUGAACGUGCAGGGCGAAGAUCGUACAUAUACAGUGUUGAACACUUUGGAAUUUAACUCGACUAGAAAGAGGAUGUCUGCCAUUAUUCGUAUGCCGGACGGUAAUAUCAAGCUUUUCUGCAAAGGUGCUGAUAGCAUGAUCUAUUCGCGACUGGUAAAAGGACAACAAUCAGAACUACGUAAGGCCACCGCCGAGAACCUCGAAGUCUUUGCCAGAGAAGGUCUUCGUACACUCUGCGUCGCCGAAAGGGAUUUGACUGAGGAGUACUAUCAGGACUGGGUCAGAGACCACGACUUCGCAGCUGCGGCUGUACAAAACCGUGAAGACCGUCUUGAGGAGGUUUCCGAUCGAAUCGAACAAGAGCUGAUGCUGAUUGGUGGUACUGCAAUUGAGGAUCGUCUCCAAGACGGUGUUCCCGACACUAUUGCUUUGCUCGGACGAGCAGGAAUCAAGCUCUGGGUCCUUACCGGCGACAAAGUUGAGACUGCUAUCAAUAUUGGCUUCUCAUGUAACCUUCUGUCCAAUGAAAUGGAGCUGAUCCUGUUCGAUCUUGGCCCCGAUGCCACUCCUGUCGAUGCUGGAAAACUGCUUGAUCAGCACCUGAAUACAUUCGGUCUGACAGGCUCGGAUGAAGAGCUCGCAGCGGCACGUCUGAACCACGAACCACCAGCGGCAACUCAUGCCUUGGUUAUCGAUGGAGAGUCACUCAAGCUUGUGCUGUCAGACGAUCUGAGACAAAGGUUCUUGCUUUUGUGCAAACAGUGUCGAUCAGUUCUCUGCUGCCGAGUCAGUCCUGCACAAAAAGCAGCGGUGGUCCAACUUGUUCGACAUGGUCUCGACAUCAUGGCACUUUCAAUUGGCGACGGUGCCAACGAUGUAGCCAUGAUCCAAGAAGCAGAUGUGGGAGUGGGUAUUGCUGGCGAGGAAGGUAGGCAGGCUGUCAUGUCCUCGGACUACGCCAUUGGUCAGUUCCGGUUCUUGCAACGCUUGGUGCUCGUCCAUGGACGCUGGUCUUACAAAAGACUUGCUCAAAUGACGGGCAACUUUUUCUACAAGAACAUUGUCUGGACUUUCGCCCUCUUCUGGUACCAAAUCUACAACAACUUCGACAUCACGUAUCUGUUCGAUUACACGUACAUCUUGCUGGUCAACUUGGCCUUCACAUCUCUUCCCGUCAUUCUGAUGGGUAUACUGGACCAGGACGUUAGCGAUAAAGUCUCGCUUGCUGUUCCUCAGCUAUACCGUAAAGGAAUGGAGCGGAAAGAGUGGUCAGAACUCAAGUUCUGGGCAUACAUGUUUGAUGGCGUCUACCAGUCAGCCAUCUGCUAUUUCAUGGGUCAUUUGCUCUUUGCACCUGCGACAUUCCAAACCGAAAGUGGUCGAAACGUCGACGACAGAAGCCGAAUUGGCAUUUACAUUGCUUGUGCGACAAUCGUGGUUGUGAACACAUACAUCCUGCUUAACACGUAUCGAUGGGACUGGCUCAUGGUUCUGGUCACGGUAAUCAGUUGCCUGCUGAUCUUUUUCUGGACAGGUGUCUAUUCCUCUUUCACCGGCUCCUUCCAAUUCUACAAAUCCGCUGCUGAAGUCUAUGGUACGCUCAAUUUCUGGUGCUUGCUGCUCCUGAUUGUGGUAAUUUGCUUGCUACCACGAUUUUGUGUCAAAUUCUUCCAGAAGAACUACCGACCAUACGAUGUGGACAUUGUUCGAGAACAGGUUCGGCAAGGCAAGUUCGAUUAUUUGGAACGAUAUGAGGCUUUCGUGCCACCAAAGGCAGCCGUUGGGUCACAAAGUUCAUCGGAGAUGACAGAGGUUGCACAUGAUAGCGAACAUCAUACCAAGGCUGGCAGCCACCAUGCACGAUAUCCUAGCAUGACAGAAUCAGCAAGGCCCAUCUAUCCACCUUCAGAAGCGCCAACAGCGGGUACACGACAGCCUCAUAGCCAGACGGGCAGUGAUGGUACGGACAGAACGGUUCCAUCUUUCGAUUUUACGAGGGGCGGAUUGAAUAGGAUCGAAUCGUCACCAGAAACGCCAAGGCCUAACACUGCGCCAAGGAUAUCAAUAGACAGGCCGAGACCGUCGUUCGAGCGGUCAAGGCCACGACAAUCAUUUGAGGGCCCUAUGCGGCAGAGUUUCGAACAGAGCAGAGAUUUCACAUCUGCAGCAUAUUUGAUGAGGACGGAAUCAGCGCAUUCACAACCCGGACUUACACCUGUAUCGACGAACCAGCAGAGGAGGAGGUAUACAGUAGUGCAAGAAGAGGGGGAAAGACCUGACUCCACAGAGCCACACGCGAGAUAG